AUGACUGAGCCUGCAGCGCUUUCAGAAAUCAUCGACGAUUCGGGAGACAACAGUGGAGGAGAAGCAGCAGCAUGUGCGCCCGCGGCGCGAAUGUGGCGGUGGGUGUGGUCGCGGCGCGACGUGCUGCUGAUGAGCACGGCGUUCCUUUUCUUCUUCGUGGCGUUCAAUGCGCUGCAGAACGUCGCGACGAGCAUCCACGGCGCGAGCAACAUCGGCGCGCUCUCCAUGGGCGUGCUUUACGCCGUCAUUGUCGUCACCGCGCCGCUCGCGCCCUUCCCCAUCCGCUUCUGGCGAGCGCGCGCCGCGAUUCUCGUGGCGCAGACGGGGUUCUGGGCUUUUAUCGGUUCCAACGCGUUUACUAUAGAGUGCGUGGUGGCUGCUUCUUCUCGCGUCGUGCUACCUCGGAGUCUGCUGGUCCGUCGUCUGGGUGGCUCAGGUGACGCUCUUCGUCUCUUUUCCCGUCUCUCAGAUGAGUUUGUCUUGUAA